AACCUGGUCGAAGCGAUGAGGGAGGAACUGUAGACACGUCCCGCGGUUUUUGUAAAACACGCUUUGGUCAAAGAUGAAUCGAAGCUACGCCCGGCCACCCAAGCCAAUCACAAUCUCGGGAUCGAAGCAGUUCGAUGAACAUGGAGUAAUCCCCAUCACAGUUAAACGAACGGGGGACAUCCAAGACCUGAGGAACAGAUAUGGCUACACGCUUCCAAAUGUCAAUCAGGUCGCCGGAUGCAAGCUUGGCAGCAGAAUGCGACCUCUUCCCGUGUUGCCGAAAGCGGAUUUUUGGAACAAUCACGGCACAACACCCCCUGUCGUCCGACUUCUCUUCACGGGACGUCUGCCUCUAAAAUUCUUCACGGAUAUCUGUUAUGGAAGAAGCACCAGUACCCCGCCGUACAGGUACAAGCCCAAGCCCGACCAACACAUGCAGCGAGAGAAGGAACUCUGGGAACCCAAGGGAGACGUGAAAAACGCGUGUAGAAGAAUCUACAUCAGCAUACACGAGGCUCGUCUACGUCACAAACAACGCAUGGAACAGAUUCAAGAGAGAGCCCAGCAGCACCACAAGAAGGUGGAGGCUGUGUUUCUCCGUCAACGGGAGAUGGAGAACAAAGGAUUAAGCAGCUACUUUAAGAAGAUGGAGAGAGAAUCGGACAGACUGAUGGAGAAAUGGAAGAAGAAGAAACCAGUGAAGGAUGACAGCGCCAUCCCUCUUGAACACUGCCCUGCUUCUUCAGUCGUUUUAGCCAAAACUGGCAACGAUGACUAGUUCGUAAGGGAAACGAACCCGGAUUCCGAUGAUCAAUAUUGGAACAUUUUGAGCAGAGCAUAUUUUGUGAGGAUAUACAACUAUGCGGGAACAUAUCUUUUGUUUCUAAUUCAUAUUUUCUUUCGAAGUGUUUGUAUUUUGUUUAAUGUGUUUCAUUCAUAUGAUAUAUAGGUCGCCCACAUAUAUAGCGAUUAGGUUUUUAAAACAAUUGUUAUAUCGUUUUAAGUGAAACAGGUGUUCGGGUAUUUUCACUGCAUAAAUCUUUAAAGUAUUAUUUACGAAAUAAUCAGGCGUGAUCAUGGAACGAGUGUAAGUUAUCGCAUACGUGAAUUUCGUCGCAAAUGAUCAAUCUAAUGGUUUUUGUCAUAAUGGAAUACGCGAUGUUACCACGAGACCCCCAACUCGGUCGUAAUUAUGGCAGCCUCAAUUCUGCGCAGAAUUGUCCUCCCGUUUUACGGAAAACACACACUACUGUUUGUGUCCAAAAUCACAUUUACAAGAACACAUGGAGUUACUUUUCCUAAUCUCUUUCAUAAAACAAACUCUGUUGUAUUGGAUAUAUUAACUGUUACUUGAUCAAUGGAUUUCCAGAUUGGAUACAGUGCUAUAAUGUCAAACGCUGCGUCUUAAUGUCUUUUUAUACGUUCGCCUUACCGUACUUGCAAUGUGCCAUCAACAGACUGAUGUUAAUGUUAGUAAAAUAAAUGAAUUAAAUGUUUUUGAGGAUGUAUGUCUGGACUGAAUCCCUGUCUGACGUCAUAAACAUACAGCUGAACGGAUCUCAAGUCGUGGGGGUCGGUGAGGUCCAACAGAUUAUAUUGUCGUAUGCAUGUAUAUGUGUGUGUAUUAAA